CCACGUACGGCAGGACAGGCUUCUCAAUAUCUGUCAAUCAUCCCACACGUGUUCUGGUGCAGUGGAUUCCUAUCCUUCGCAUAUCAGAGAAGAGUCAAUCUUCUCAAUCCACAGUCUUUACAGAUGGCGUUCCGGAAUUUCUCGCUUGGCGUGCUCCUUGCAUGUGCCCACGCGGCACAGGCAGCCCUGCAAUACAAGGGGGCCGAUUGGUCAUCCGUUGCAGUCCUGGAGCGCGACAACAAUAUCCAGUAUAAGGACCUCAAGGGGACCGUCAAACCACUCGAGACUAUCUUGUCUGAAAAUGGCAUCAACAUAGUCCGGCAGAGAGUGUGGGUAACCAACGGCGAUUAUGGCCUCGACUACAACGUCGCCCUGGCCAAGCGCGCGAAGGCUGCGGGCAUGGACGUCCACAUCAACCUGCAUUUCAGCGAGUCCUGGGCCGACCCGGGCCAGCAGAAGAUCCCCGCAAGUUGGCCCACCGACCUUGCAGGCCUCACCACCCAGAUUUACGAGUACACGCUCAACGUGAGCAACACGCUCCAGGCCGCGGGUAUCCAACCGGCCAUCAUUGAUAUCGGAAACGAGAUCGCCGACGGGAUUCUGUGGCCAGUCGGACGAGGAAGUCAAAACUGGACCAACACGGCGCAGCUCCUCUCGUCUGCCUCGAAGGGCAUCAGGGACAGCGACCUCAGCCCGCAGCCCAAGAUCAACGUCCACCUGAACGGCGCCGCCGACCAAGGAGUUCAGGACUUCUUCUGGGAGAACGUCUUGAAGGCCGACCCCAACUUCCCCAAGCAGAUCGACAUGUUCAGCGCGUCUUUCUACCCAUUCUAUGGCCCCGAGUGGAACUUCACCAGGCUAUCAAACACACUUACGCACAUGACGACGCUGCUGCCCGGCAAGGAAUUCAUGGUAUCUGAGAUGGCGUGGCCCUUUAAGUGCAACCAAGGUGGAAACUUUGCAUUCCCACCUGACAUGCGACCUAGCAUUCCUUUCAAUGCCGAGGGUCAGAAGACGUGGGUCACUGAGGUCGCCAAGAGGGUGGAUGCGAUCGCCGGUGGGGUCGGUGUCGAGUACUGGGAGAUCGGAUGGGUGAACAAUGCUGGUCUCGGGCAAACGGGUUGUGAAGACAAUAUCAUGUUUGAAUUUGCCGGCAACGCGAGAGACUCGUUGUCUGUGUUUUCCGAGAUUUAGAGAAUCGAGAAUAGAUGACUUAGAUUCAGACAUCAAUCAUCAGGUAAUGCUGUCAGCAGACAGCAGAAAUGCC